CCAAGCACACCUUUGCCAUAAAGCAGCCUGUCGCAGUCCACAGGUGCCAGAAUUCCAGUUGUUGAUCCGUCCCUGAACACAUCAGCCUUUCCUACGAUGCACCUUGUAUUGAAAUAUACAGUGUUCAGCAUAUUCACUACAACAUGUUCAACUUUUUUCAUUCCUGACUUUGUCUGUGGUCUGAACAACAUCUGUAUCCAGAACCCCUCCACUAUCUGUUCUGUUAUUCAGGCUCCCAUUCCCCCUGCAACUUUAGUUUAAACACUCCCCUUACCCCCAUCUCCCACCAUGCAGCUCUGUCACCCCUUUGGCUUUCCUCUCCCAGAUCAAUAAAAAGGAGGUGCAUACCAGGUACAGGCAGAUAGGAACAAAUGGGCUACUUAUGAAAUACAGGAAAUUCAACUGAACACUUAUGAAAGAAAUAAAAGAAGGCAUGAGGUUGACCCUUCAGAGAAGCUGAAGGGAAAUCCUCAGGGAUUCUGCAGAUAUGCAGAUAAGACCAAAAAGUUUGCAAGAGAAAAAAAUUAAUCCUAUAGAAGAUCAGAAUGGUAAUCCAUAUGAGGAGACAAAAUAUAUGGGGGAGAUUUAAAUUUUUUUUUGCAUCCGUAUUUACUCAGGAGGUGGUCACAGAGUCUAUAGAAGUGAAGCAAAGCAGCAUCAACUUCAUGGACCCUGUACAGAUUACAGAGGUGGAGAUGUUUGUUGUCCGAAGGCAAAUCCCCAGGGUCUGACAAGUUGUUCCCUGGGACUCUGUGGAGGACGUGCAGAAAUUGUCGGGCCCCAAGCACAGAUAUUUAAAUCAUCAUCAGUGACAGGUUAAAAAUGACAAGGGAUUUGUUAAUGGAAAUUCAAACACAACACAGCAGUUUUUGCUGUCUCUGUCUAGAUAUUUAAGAAGUGCAACAAGGGAUUCAAUCAACCAUCCUUCCUGCUCAGACUGUGGGGAGGAAUUCACUCAGUCAUCUAACCGACUGGCACACCUGUUAUUUUACACGGGGGAGUGGCCAUUCACCUGCUCAGACAGUGGGAAUGGAUUCAGUUGGUCAUCACAACUGAAGGUACAUCAGCAAAUUCACACUGGGACAAGGCCAUUCACCUGUUCUGUGGGUGAGAAGGGAUUCAGUCGGUCAUCCCACCUGUGGACAAACCAGUCAGUUCACACUGGGCAGAGGCUGGUCAUCUGCUGAAUUUGUGGGGAAGGAUUCUCUCGGUAAUGGCUCAUCAGCGAGUUCACACCGGGGAGCGGCCGUUCACCUGCUUGGACUACGGGAAGAGAUUCACUGAAUCAUCUAAGUUGAAGGUACAUCAACGAGUUCAUACUGGGGAGAGGCCAUUCACCUGCUCAGACUGCGGAAAGGGAUUCACUCGGUCAUCUCACCUACUGCUACAUCGGUUAGUUCACACUGCAGAGAGGGAUUUCACCUGCUCAGAUUGUGGGAAGAGAUUCAUUCACUCUUCCACCCUACAGAGACACCAGUCAGUUCACACCAGGGAGAGGCCGUUCACCUGCUCAGUCUGUGGGAAGAGAUUCGCACAGUCAUCACACCUACAGAGACACCAGCAAGUUCACACUGGGGAGAAGCCUUUCACCUGCUCAGACUGUGGGAAGAGAUUCACACAGUCAUCCACCCUACAGAGACACCAGUCAGUUCACAGUGGGGAGUGGCCAUUCACCUGCUCAGACUGUGGGAAGGGAUUCACUCGGUCAUCUGAUCUGCUGACACACGGGCGAGUUCACACCGGGGAGAGGCCAUUCACCUGCUGUGAAUGUGGGAAGGGAUUUGCUCGGUCAUCUGAUCUACAGAUACACCAGCGAGUUCACACUGGCGAGAGGCCGUUUACCUGCUCAGUCUGUGGGAAGGGAUUCCAUAAAUCAUCCAACUUUCAUAGACACCAGCAAUUUCACACUGGGGUGAAGCAGUUCACCUGCUCAGACUGUGGGAAGGGAUUCAGUCGGUCAUCCUCACUAUUGGCACACCAGUCAGUUCACACUGGGGAGUGGCCAUUCACCUGCGCAGAAUGUGGGAAAGGAUUCACUCAGUCAUCUGAACUACUGGUACAUCAGUCAGUUCACAGUGGGGUGUGGCCGUUCACCUGCUCAGAAUGUGGGAAGGGAUUCACUCAGUCAUCCAACCUACAGAGACACCAGUCAGUUCACACUGGGGUGAAGCCGUUCACCUGCUGUGAAUGUGGGAAGGGAUUCGCUCGGUUAUCUGAUCUACAGAUACACCAGCGAGUUCACACUGGGGAGAGACCAUUCACCUGCUCAGUCUGUGGGAAGGGGUUCCAUCAAUCAUCAAACCUUCAUAGACAUCAGCGAGUUCACACUGGGGUGAAGCCGUUCACCUGCUGUGAAUGUGGGAAGGGAUUCACUCGGUCAUCCUCACUAUUAGCACACCAGCGAGUUCACAGUGGGUAGAGACCGUUCACCUGCUCAGAACGUGGGAAGGGAUUCACUCAGUCAUCCAAUCUACAGAGACACCAGCAAGUUCACUUCGGGUAAAGGCCGAUCACCUGCUGAG